AACGGCGCUAGCGUUAAACAAGCGAAAGGAAUAAAAAAAAAAAUUCAGUUAACGUGAUCAGUAAUUCUUCAGUGUCAUACGGCUUUACAAUUUCUCAUCAUCACGUCUUUCGUUCUCAGUCUUCUUUUUUUUCCCUACAGGCUCAGUAUGGGAGAUUAUGUCUGCGGUGACGAUGAUUUUUACUAUUACGAAUCCGAAGAUGAUCAAGAUGAAUCUGUUGAGCUCCAGCGCCUUGAAUACGAUACUAUAAUACCAAAACACUCCGUUAUUACGGUAAUUACAAAAGAAUCUCUAUUGGCUGCUCAGAGGGAGGAUUUGAGGAAUGUGAUGGAAGUCCUGUCAUUGAAAGAGCACCACGCACGAACCUUACUCAUUCACUAUCGCUGGGAUGUUGACAAUCUGCUCACAAUUCUUGUGGAGAAAGGGAAAGAUGAGUUGUACAGUAAAGCAGGUGUGACCUCAGUGGAGCAUGACAACUCUGCCUCAUCAAACUUCUUAUCAAUGGUUAGGUGCAUUAUUUGCAUUGAAGAAGUUCCUGCAGACAAGGUGACAACCAUGGACUGUGGACACUAUUUUUGCAACAAUUGUUGGACAGAGUACUUUAUUAUAAAGAUAAAUGAGGGACAGAGCAGGCGUAUUACAUGUAUGGAACACCAGUGUGAUGCUAUUUGUGAUGAAGAGAAAGUUAGAACUUUAGUCAAUGCAAGAGAUUCUAACUUGGCAGAGAAAUUUGACCGCUUUCUUCUUGAAUCAUAUAUUGAGGACAAUAGAAAGGUUAAGUGGUGUCCAAGUGUUCCCCAUUGUGGAAAUGCCAUUCGUAUUGAAGAUAAUGUAAUAUGUGAGGUUGAAUGUGCAUGCGGUCUACAAUUUUGUUUUAAUUGCUUAUGUGAAGCACACUCACCUUGUCCGUGUUUCAUGUGGGAAUUAUGGGCUAAGAAGUGCCGGGAUGAUUCAGAAACAGUUAACUGGAUUACAGUUAAUACAAAGCACUGCCCAAAAUGUCACAAGUUGGUAGAAAAGAAUGGAGGAUGCAACUUGGUAAGCUGCAUUUGUGGACAACCAUUUUGUUGGCUUUGUGGUGAAGCAACUGGCAGGUCCCAUACGUAUACAACUAUAGCUGGCCAUAGUUGUGGACGAUAUAAAGAAGAAACUAAAGAGAAAACUGAGCGUGCGAAGAAGGAUCUAUUUCGUUACAUUCACUACCACAAUCGUUAUAAAGCUCACACAGAUUCUUUAGAUCUUGAAACUAAGCUACAGAUAACCAUGCAAGAAAAGAUAUCAGCUAUGGAAGAAAAAGAUGCGAAAGAGAGAAAUUUUAGUUGGCUAACUAAUGGUCUCUCUAGGCUCUCCAGGUCAAGGCAGAUUCUUGCCUAUUCAUACGCGUUUGCGUUUUACAUGUUUGGUGAAGAAAGUUUCAACAGUAAUCUGUCAGCGAAGGAGAAACUGAUAAAGCUAAACUUGUUUGAGGAUCAGCAGCAGAAGCUUGAGGAAAAUGUUGAAAUUCUUUCUUCGUUUCUAGAGGAGCCUUUUGAUACCUACUCGGCAGAUAAAUUUGUGGAAGUGAGAAUUAAAAUCCUCGAUUUUUCGAGAAUCGUUGAUAAUAUCUGCAAAAAAUUGUACGAAUGCAUUGAAAAUGAUUUGCUGGGCUCUCUCUUGGAAACUUUUAGUAUUGCUCCAUACAAGUCAGCAGGCGUGGACAAAGCUUUAGAACUUGUUUGUUAAUAAAUGAUGCCCUCUCAUACCAGAAGGGAAUCUCACAGAGAUGGUAUGUGCCCAUUCUAAUUAGUUUUCUAAGCUUAUUAUUAGAUAUAUGUGUAUAUAUACUUCAUAGUAACUCUUCUUUUUAUUUGGAGAUAAAUAACAGCAACAAAUCUCUCAGAAACAAUGUAAUAAUGCUCAUCAUUUUGGAAGCGCCUUAAAGGAGCCCUUUUUUGGUACACUCUCAUCGAUUUCAACGUUACCUUUGGAGAGGAUUGGCAAGAACUGAGUUCACUCGUAAGUUUAGUUAGUGAUUAUAACUUCAGGGUGCCUUUGGCAUAGUUUAGUUAGUGUCUUCUUAAAGUCGUUAAAGGAUCUUAGCUGACCUUGCUUGCACAUUUCCAAAAACCGUUCUCUUUGCCUUUUUUUUUUGUCAAUCUACUUAGUUUUUACCACUACCGAAGUCCAAAUCAUAUAUUACUUUGAACCUUUUUAAGUUGAUAAGGAAUUACUAUGUUAGAAAUUGAACAAUACAUAUGAUUAUCUUUUUCUGAUUUAAUUUGACAAGCUCCUCUGUCAAUAUUCCUUCGUGUACGUACGGUAUAUUUUAAAUUUAACUUAAAAUAAAAUAUUUAAUAUUACUAA